GCAUUGGUUGAUGACGUCACGUGUAAACGGCGACUCUUUCUCGUCUACACUUGUGGUGGAAGAGGGUUUUUCGUUCAAGAUGCUCGCCGCCGCCGCAAUUAGGGUCCUUUUGGUAGCAGCUUUUAUUCAUCCAAGCUAUGCACUCUAUUUCCACAUAGGAGAGACGGAGAAAAAAUGCUUUAUCGAGGAAAUUCCAGACGAAACCAUGGUUAUCGGAAAGUACAGAACCCAGCUUUGGGACAAACAGACUAAUUCGUACCUCCCGUCCACACCGGGUCUUGGGAUGCAUGUUGAGAUCAAGGAUCCUGACACAAAGGUCAUCCUGUCUCGUCAGUAUGGUUCCGAUGGUCGGUUCACCUUCACAUCUCAUACUCCAGGAGAGCACAAGAUAUGUCUGCACUCCAACUCCACCAAAAUGGCACUGUUUGCUGGCGGGAAACUGAGAGUGCAUCUGGAUAUUCAGGUCGGAGAGCAUACCAAUAACUACCCUGAAAUUGCAGCCAAGGACAAACUGACCGAAUUGCAGUUGCGUGCCAGACAGCUUCUGGAUCAGGUGGAACAGAUCCAGAAGGAGCAAAAUUACCAAAGGUAUCGAGAAGAGCGCUUCCGUAUGACCAGUGAGAGCACCAACCAACGGGUCCUCUGGUGGUCCAUUGCCCAGACGGUCAUCCUCAUCGUCACCGGCAUAUGGCAGAUGAAGCACCUUAAAAGCUUCUUCGAAGCUAAGAAACUGGUUUAGCCGGAUGUGUGAAGAAGAGCAGUGAUGGGGAGCAACAGACAAGACUCCUUUGGAGACAGACUUGAAUGACUGGAACGAAAACUUGCCGCGCAAGAAUUCAGACGGCGACUUUUUUUUCGUUGCAUAUCGGCCAUAAAUGAUGAAGGAAUGUGCAAAUUCUAAAAGGCAGUACUCACUAUUUUAUAACACCACAACAUCUGAGUUGCCUUUCUUCGUCUCUCUUUAUUUUAUUUUUUUAUUUGCUUGACACCACUGGGUAUCUUUUGGUUCUGCAAAAAAAGCAGGUUUUACUCUUUUUUUAGUGUUGUAAAUGUUUUCUUUGGGGUUUUGUAACCAGUAGAAAUAUUCCAAUUUCCCAGCAUGUAAUUUCCGUUUAGACUUGUGCAUACACAUUCAACAAAUAAAUGGCAACCAGCUGGAAUGCAAGGAGGCAUUAAAAAGUUG